AUGAUUCGGAAUCGCUUCCAUCUUCUGCUCGCCGUGUUGCUCAUAUACCAAGGUAAUGCCUCUGUUUGAAUCGAUCAAUGCCAGUGGGCUACUCUGAACUUUUAGCCAUUCCCGGAGCAAUGAGCCAGACGCCGAUCAUUUACAUGCCCGAACAUUCCACGACCGUCGAUCCCAAUUCAACGACUGAAGACCCAUUCCUCCCAGUUCCCACUACCGUCGAUCCCAAUGCACCGGGUGAUCCGUGGCAAGCGGUGUCCGCAGAUUCCACGACCAUCGAUCCGAAUGCAACGACUGAAUUCGACCCAUUCCGCCUAAAUCCUGACUACGAGGGUUAUCCCAUUGAUUAUCCCCAGCCAGCCAAUGCCAGGGUCUGUAUUAAUUUUUGUCUCCCAAACUCUUUAAAAUUUGCGCGUAUUUCAGUGGGGAAAUAUGGAAGUGCUUCCGAACGGUGUCAAGUUCAACUCGCUCACCGAUCAGUUUGAGAGCUUUGUAAGUGGAGGAGGGGAACAAUUGGAGACACGCAAAUGCGGCUUUCCUCCUCGUUUCAGGACGGAUACAAUAACAUGAGCAGAGUGGUGGCCAACGACAAGGAGGUGUACGUGCUGUAUCCGGUGCAGACGAAGAACAACACGCUCGUCUUUGACCCGUACACGAUCGGGCAAGUGCUCGGCUACAUCUACGAGCUGUCCGAGUUUGGACCGGCGGGACCGCCUGCCGGAUUCACGAUCGUCAUGAUGGGUCAGCCGGUGCCGUCGAAGCAGAAGAAAACGCGUGGCGCGGCGACCGCAAACACCCGUACCGGAACGCUCGUGUUCACGAAGAAGUUGCGUCGCGAAGUGAGAGACAAGGAGGACGCCUACUGGAAGCACGUGCUCAAGAGCCUUUAA